GGCUCAAAAGUCUUGGCUCUGGGAGUUGAGACGCAAACACGUUUGCUGUGGUCUACAGUGCGGGAGAUGCUUGGAGGAGGAACGCUCAUCAAACAGGCCGGGCUCUUCGGCUUCGGCUACAACCGUGUGAACUACAAGUUUGACCAAGGCCAACGAUGGGCUCGUUUCACAGCAGGACGGGCCAACGAGCUCAAGAGGUCUGCCAUGUUCCGAGAAGAUGUUUCUGAUCUCGCAGCUGUGUCAGUGAGUAAGCUCCGCGUCUACGUUCCCGUGCUCACCAUGAGCUUGGGAUACGUCUUGACCGUCCUGGUGGAAGCUCGAAGCGGGCUGAAAUUCCCGGGGCCACCUACCUUUGCGUCUGGCCUCUACUUGAACUGUUUGGGAGUGGCAUUUGCCUUCAUGACGCUCUCCAUUUGGUUGUGCUGGCAUGCGGCCAUGCGGGCCCAGAUUGCCAUGGUCCAACUUCGCACACGAAAGGUGCGUUUGCCAGUGCCCUCCCAAAGGCAGUUGGACAGUGCCCGUAAGAUCUUGUCCACCUACGAGGAGCAAGGUGUUUACGAUAUGUUUCGCCUGCCUUUCCUCAUGCCAAACACCGGCAACACUCCACCUGCAUCUGAUGAUGAGAAGAAGAAGGAUUCGAAGAGUGGCUAUGCAAAAGCGGGUUUGCCAGGAAUUGGUGCCAAGAUGAAGGAGAAAGUGAAAGAAUUGGCUGAAGAGACGGGCGGAUCAACCAAGGAGGUCGCCCAUGCAGCUCGUAUGCCUGGUCUCACCUCUGGUGUGCCUUCGUGGGUCCAAAAGGAAGUGGAAGCACGUGAUGAUCUCCCAAAAGCAUCCCCAAGUGCUUUCGGAAAUGAAGCGCCACCUGAACCCUAUGAGCAUUUCGAGCUGAUCCGACAGGCACAAAAAGACUAUUGGUGUGCUGAAGCCUAUGCUCGGGUGACCUUUCUGAUUGGAAAGAUGCACUUGAUCCAAUCCUUCGCCUAUUGGCUUCCCAUUCACAAUGUGGCAGAGUUGGGCAUGGUGUGGGGUGCCGUUGUUUGCGCUUCCGCUUUGUCCGCCGGGAUUUGGAUCAUGUUCCGAAUGGAUGUCCUGCCUUCUCAUGGAGGCUGCUUCCCCAUUGAAAUUGGUGGCCCUAUCAUCGAAGCCAUCUCCUUGGCCCUGGCCUACACUCAUCACCCCACCCAGGGCACCAUCGACAUCUCUCGUGCCGUGGCCAUCCUGGUGCUUUUGAUGCAGUUGGGUUUGACCAUCCGACUCUAUGUGGUCGCACAACCGGCCAACAGUGCGGCAGGAGCUUCACAUCAAGCUCGAGAGGUGGGAGAACGCAUGUUCAACCAGAGCGCAUCUUGCGAGAGCCCGGCAUGGCUGCCAGCUGCUUUCCAGCAUGUCUCCUACUUGGUGGCUCCUCCAAAGACCAAGGCACAGCUUGAGCAAGAACAGGUUGAUCGCGAUCACAGUGUGAUUCGCGAGGACCCCAUGGUGAAUGUGGACAUGACUCCAUGGUACUAUGUCCGCACCUUGUUGGUUGUGACCAUGGUGAGUUGGAGUUUGCUAUUGACCGGUCGCAUCGUAGAGUGCAUCAUGAGUGAGCGAAUGUUGGUCACGAAUCCUGGAGCUCCACCUUGGUCCCGAAUCGGUCGAUGGCACGGGUGGGAGAGUGGACCUAUCACUUCGAAGCACUAUGCCCAUGUCACACCCAUGAGAGGACACUUUGCCUGGCAAAAAGGAUGGGGACCGCAAGGACAACAAGAGAUUUGGGCCAGCGAUAUGUUUGGAUUCCACCCAGAGGCUGACAUGCAUUGGUCAGAGUCUGAAGGACCUGAGCCAUUGGUGGGAGCUGCUGGCGUGGGGAAGAACACAUGGUUCACCGGUGUGAUCAAAUAUGCUCGAGUCUAUGAAGGAGGUGACCAUGACUGGCUCGACAGUGGAGGACAUCGACGUUUGCAGAGCAUGGACUCUGUGGUCGUCCGCCCAGUGGUGCCUGCUGCAGUGCAGUGGCCCAAGUCACUUGAGCCUGAGCUGUUGACAUGUGGAUCCACUGGCUGCAUUGCAUUGGCAUCUGGAGGCACCGGUGCAUUUUUGCCCCAUGAAGCUACAUCGCACGGCUUUGGACAUGCCACACCGUUCAACUUGGAAAACUUCUUGGAGAUGGGUCGUGCUCAUGGCUUGAGUUGGGGUGCUGGACGCUUGCUUGUUCACACCAGUUCGGGACACAUCGCUACCUGCCCCGUGACGGCUGCAGGUGGCCCAGUGAAGUGUUCUGCAACAGAUCUUCCACCAGUCCCUGAUCUUGGAGCUGGCACCAAGAUUGCUGUGGUGACAGAUGCUGUGAAACAUCAUCCUUUCCGUGCUGCAGUGCUUGGUCAUGGCAAGGUUUUGCUACAUGAGCUUCACACUUCAGGACUUUCACAUCAUUGGAAACCAAAGGUGGAGCUAGUGAUCCCAGCAACUUCAGCGAAAGCCGUCUCUUUGUCUGGCGACCAUGCACGCAUCGUCAUGGGUAUGGAUGACGGCUCUGUCUUCCAUUGGAUGCUUGGUGGACCACAUGAAACGAUGCCAAGACGUGAGGUGCCCACGGCCGGGCCACGACGUGCCUGGAGCUGUGCCUGUGCCACAGCUGAAGGAAAGCUGGUCCGAUUGGCCUCGAAGUGGCGUCGACAUCCAGCUGGACACAUGGAGUGGACCAGUGAGCUUCUCCUGUGAUGAGGGUGAUGUCAUCCGACAUUUCUCAGCACCGAUUCUUCACCGAUUUCUCAUCCUUGGUGCUCGGUGCGAUUGCUUCUGGACUGCGGCAUUAGCCUAAGACCCGAUGUGCUGUGCCACCUGUGAAAAGAGAGAGUUUCUGUGGGUUCAUGAAGACAAACAUGAUGUUCUCAUAGUGUUUUGUUUUGAGAUGGCCGAUCCAGUCGCACAUGCAUGUGCAUGCGCAAGCCCACGAACAUGUGGUUGUCGAUCUAAAG